CUGCUGCUCCUCGCCGUCCGCGCUGCAGUGCGAAGGGCUCGAAGAUGGCCGGUUGGCAGAGCUACGUGGAUAACCUGAUGUGCGAUGGCUGCUGCCAGGAGGCCGCCAUUGUCGGCUACUGCGACGCCAAAUACGUCUGGGCCGCCACGGCCGGGGGCGUCUUCCAGAGCAUUACGCCAAUAGAAAUAGAUAUGAUUGUAGGAAAAGACCGGGAAGGUUUCUUUACCAACGGUUUGACCCUUGGUGCAAAGAAGUGCUCGGUGAUCAGAGAUAGUCUGUACGUGGAUGGUGACUGCACAAUGGACAUCCGGACAAAGAGUCAAGGUGGAGAGCCAACAUACAACGUUGCUGUCGGCAGAGCUGGUAGAGCACUGGUUAUAGUCAUGGGCAAGGAAGGUGUCCACGGAGGCACACUUAACAAGAAAGCAUACGAACUCGCUUUGUACCUGAGGAGGUCUGAUGUGUAAGCAGCCUCUCCCCAUCUGCCUAGCAGCUGUCUUCAUCACCACCUCAGUUACGGUCACAGUGCUACCACACUAUAGAUGGCGGCUAGUUUUUCUUUACCUAUUUUCUAAUGUCACGAUUCCUGUCUGCCCAGUGGAUCAUUUGUAUGUUAACCACUGUAUGUAACCAACCCUUAUCUGGCAAAAUAAUUGCAGCACAAUAAUGAUUUGCAUGAUACCUUGAAAUUUGGGGGGGAGGGGGCAUGCCAAGUUGGGCAUCACUUUGUCUUAGCAAUUUAUGGGGUACGGAUUACUAAAAUAAUAUUAAGCAAGGUGCCGGUUGUACAAUCUCUAAUUUGAUCAGUGUCUUUUCAGCACUUUGCGCAUUUACUUGGCUCAUUUAGUCUUUAUUUUGUCGCGCAUGGUUGGGAGGAAACGGUGCAUGCGUCUUUCCUCCCCUUUUCUCUUCCCAUCUCUCCCUUCGCACAUAAGGUAUUUGGUUUGCUUCCACCUUCUCUUACGCAGUGCCUGGUUUAUUUAACCGAUUAAUAAAUACCACUUUUGUUACUGUGCUAUGAGAGCUGCGGUAGUUUGCUUUCAGUAUUGUUGUUGCACUUGAGACAAUAUCUUUUUCAUAGUGUCCCCAGGACAUACGAAGAGUGCAACUGCAAAACGAGCAAAAGGCACUUCCUCCCGUGACCUCACAGUAACCAUACUGAUCGAACCCCCAGGGACAUUCCAUCAUGGCAAUAGCUCAGAUUUUUGUUCCUGUCUUUUUCUUUGCACACCAGCUCCACUCUUUAGUCAAACUGUUAAAAAACACACACACAAAAAGGCUGCCAUUGUGGACAUUAGGUAUCCCAAAUAACCAUCUGGAGUGUGUCCAGUUUGUUCUUCAUAGGACCAAUUUUUAUUUGCAGCUUGAGUUUUUAUAUAAAGUUGCGUUAUUGUGGACUUGGCUGUCUCGUGAUGAAUUUUUUUUCAUAUGUAUUCUGUGCCAUACUAUUGUUAAAAUGAACUGUUGCUAUUGUGAGAUGGAUUUUAACUGACCUAUUAAGGAUUUUUUUCGAAUGGCACUACUUUAGGGACAUUCUAGUAUUUGCUUCUAUUGUUUGGGCCUUGUGGAUAAUGUACAGAUUUAAAAACAAAUCUCGUUGCUGAUUUGUCCAUUUCUUUCCCUGCACUUUGUUACAUCUGGGAUACAGUCUAACUCAUCUGAUUUAAUAUGCAUUUAAAAAAAUGCCAUAACUAUUAAACACCUUGUUUACAGACAGAUGAAAUAAAUUUAUUCCAACCAAAUAAUCUAGACUCUUGUUGUUUAUGUAAAUUGUCGGCUUACUGUUAAGGUUCGUUUUUGACACCGUGGGAG